UAAGGGCAGCUUGAUUAAAAGUUGAAAAAGCUCUAAUGCCUAAUCCCCUAUAUCUUUAGGAGUACAGAUACAGCUCCAAGCAAUAGGGUUUUGAGUAAGAUUGCCCCAAAAAAAUUUCCUACAUUCAGAGUCCAUAGCCUGAAUAAUAUCUGAAGAACAUUUAAAGCAAGAAAGGACAUGGUUUGGCAUACCUGAAAGAUGUCAGGAGAAUCAGCUUGCCACCUCUGGAUAAAGAGGUGGCUUCCAACCUGCUAACUUCUUUUACAUUUUAAGGACCAAGUCUUAAAAUUAUUAUCUUUCCAAAAAUUAUUAAUUCUAAGAUAGCGGCCGAUCGUAGUUUAAUGUUGAAUUGCUAAAAUAUGACUAAUAUGGUUCCUAAGAGUAGUAGGAAUGUUAUGAGAAAAAUAUAGGGGAAAUGAUCAUUUACCCAAUUUCAGCUUAAAAAUUGCCCACUUCCUCCACUAACAGUUUUUUAACCCCAUUUACCCAAAACACUCUAAGGGAUUAUUUCCCUAAUACCCAAUUAAUUCUUUUUUUUAUUCUUUUUACUUAUUUUUGGGACUUUUUUUGCCCCCUCCUUCUUUCUCACUUAGAGAGAGAAGUCAUUCUCCACCUUGCUGUGCUCCGGUGACCAGUGGCCGGCUGCGGUCUCCGGCGACCGGUGAUCGGAAUCCGGCUACCGGACUGGAGACCGGAUUCCGGCAUCUGAAUUUAUUGCCCCCUAAUAAUACCCAGUAACCAUAUUAUUGCCCCUCAGUAAUCAUAUUAUUGCCCCCAAUACUCAUAUUAUUGCCUCCUAAUAAUCAUAUUAGGAACAUUCAAACCAGACCUUCUUCUUUUAUCAUAUCUCAGAUUCCAAACACCAGCGACUUCCCUGACGUUACGCUUUUAUAUUAUAAUAUUAUAGAAUAACAAUGAGUAUUUUAUUAGCCGGAGUUGCUAUAGCUGUCAGCCUGGGAUGGAUUUCUCACUCAAGAAAUCCUUCAAAUCUCUUAGCUCCAGUAAACACAUCUCUGCCGAAGCAGACCACAGCAGCCACGAGAAGCUCCCCAUUCUACUGGAUCACCACAACGAACAAUAUGCAAUAAGCGCCGUUGAUUCCUCCGACCGCCGCGAGGUCUUCGUCAAGAUCGACGAGGGCGGCGCUUCCUCCACCACUACAGAAGCCGACCCCACGAAACUCGGCGCCGGGAUUUUCCGGGAGUCCAGUAUCGAUUUCUGGAAGGACGACGGGAGCAAUGUUUGCUCCGGCGGGGAAUUUGAGUUUGGUCGGAAGAAGAAGACGGCGGCGAAGAUUGAGGAGGAGGAUUCGCCGUCGAAGCUGAUAGGGAGGUUCCUGCACAAGUAGAGAGCGUCCGGCAACUCGUCGUUGGACAUGGACGAGCUACGGCCGCGGGAUUUGCCGCCGCUGGUGGAGUCUCUGAGGAACUCACGCACGUCUAGGUAGAUCAAGGUGUCGGCGGUGAGGAGACGACGGUGGUCUGGGUGAGGAGACGGUGGUCUGGUGAGGAGACGGCAGAUGUGUGUGAGAGACGACGGCGGAUGUGUGUGUGAGAGAGAGAGAUGAGUGUAAAUUAAUAAUUAAAAUAAGGUCAAAACUGUCAAUAGAUGUUAGAUUGGAUAAAUGAGGUUAAAAAACUCUUAGUGGAGUAAGUGGACAAUUUGUAGUCUAAAAUCGGGUAAGUGGUCACGGCUCAAAAAAUAUAAGGGCUAAAUACUGAUUACUACCCUGUAGUUUGAGUUCAAAAUCAAUUUAGUCCUUAAACUUCUAAUUUCAUCAAAAAUACCCCUGCACUUUCAAUUUUAAUCUAAUAGGUCAAAUCUGUUAGUUUUCCAUUAAUUGAGUCCGUUAACUUGCUGACGUGGCUCAUAUGAGGCCUAUGUUUUAUGAUGUGGUGUUGAGGUGGUAUGCAUAGUCAGUUUAGGAGUGGGUCUCAGUAUUAGAAAUCUAUCAAAUAAAAUGUUUUUAAACAAAUACCUCAACUUUAACUGGAACCCAUAACAGAAAAUUAACGAAUUGGACCUAUUAGAUUAAAAUUGAAAGUACAAAGGUGUUUUUGAUGAAAAUAGAAGUCCAGGGACUGAAUUGAUUUUCUACCCAAACUACAGGGUAGUAACCAGUAUUUAGCCCAAAAUAUAAAGUAGAUUUGAUAAUUGAUCUGCUGUCCAGUUGCUCUACUGAAAAGAUUUAAGGCCUGGAGAACAUUUCCGGCAGCUGUAGCAGUAGCUCUAGUAAAGAUCAGACAAUCAUAUUUUUUUUUGAAAGGAAGAUCAGACAAUCAUCAGCAAAGAAGAGAUUGGAAAUUUUGAUACCAUUAGAAGAACUUAAUAAGCCCACAUGAUUUUGAAUUAAAGCUUCCAUACAAAGAAUAAAUAUAUAAGGGGAAAGAGGAUCACCUUGUCUGACACCCCUCCUAGGGGAAAAAAUAAUAUGAGGAGAGCCCAUUCAAAAGAAUAGAGAAGCUGACAGAAGUUAUACAAUUCAUGAUCAGAUCAAUCCAAUGCUUGUGAAAACCAAAUUUAGCUAGACAAUGAGCAAUGUAAUCCCAAUGCAAAAAAUCAUAGGCUUUUUCCGCAUCUAAUUUGAUAUUCAAAGCACCUUUCUUAUUUUUGGUUUUAUUAAAAGAAGAGAAAAGCUCAUGAGCAAUAAGAAUGUUAUCAAGAAUAGAUCUCCCAGGGGCAAAAGCACCUUGAUUAUGUGAAAUACAUUUGAAAAGAAGAGGUCUUAGUCUAUUAACAAUUAUUUUGGAGAUGAUUUUGUAACUUACAUUACGAAGACUAAUUGGACGAAAAUGAUUCACAAGUUUAGUUCAUCAAUCUUAGGAAUUAAAACAAUAUUAGUUUGAUUGGUAAGAUGAAGAUGGGUAUUAUGAAGAAAGAAGUCCUGAAUAAAAGGGAUAACCUGAUUUUUGAUGUUUUGCCGGUAGGUAUGGUAGAAAAUUGCAUGAGGACUAUGUUAAAAAAUGCUUCUAGAGGAAUCUACUAUAAAUUGUAUACAAAUAUAAAGAAUCAGUGAGUAUGAAGGUGUCUACAUAGUGGUUAUGAAAUUGGUGUCUAGUAUGCUUAUACAAUACAAAAGUUCAGAGUUAAGCUAAAAAGCAACAUCCUUUGGCCUAAUUAGAAGCCAAAGUCUGUGCAAGUGAAAUUUUCUAUUUAAUUUGAAUUUGUUCAAGUAAAUCUCUAUUUUGUGUAUGACCCAAACUCUAGGUUACUUGAUCUAGUGGUAAUAGAGUUUAAUCAGAUAAUCUCGGAGAAUUUUAGAGAUUCCUAUUCAAUGUAUAAUUACCUUUCCUUGUAUGAUUCAGAUUCUAUGCCUUGUAAUCCUCUAUAUAAAGAGGCCCCUAUUAUCAAUGAGAAUAUACAUCGAUUUUCUCUGAAUUCCUGUUUCUCUAAAACACGUUAUUAGCACGAAGCCCUAACCCUGAAACCCUAAUUUCAUAGCCCUUAAAUCCAAGAAUCCACUGCCUUACAUAUCAAAGCCCCAACCUCAAGGAGCCUAGAACCGGCGGCGAAACCACCAGAACCGGCCGGAAUCCGCCUGAACCGGCCGUCAGAAAAAUCAGACCGGCCCUUGCCUUAUGCCUAGCCCCUGCACAUCUGCCGAGAAGCUGUCGAGCCCCUGCCGACAGCCUUGCACGCAUCUGCCGAGACCUGCGCACCCAUGUGCCUGGCCCUGUUGACAUCUGCCGAGAGCCCUGCCUAGCCCCUGCCGAGACCCCUAUGCAGCCCCGCCGAGACCUGUCGACACCUGCCUAGCCCCUGCCGACAGAUUGCCUGCCAGCUCCGCACAGCCUCCGCACAGCCCCUGCGCAGCUCCUGCAGCAACCCAGCCUAGCUCCGGCCACUUUUCUGGCGACCUCUGGCAACAGUUUUCCGGCCAUCCUCAACAACUUUUCCAGUCAAGAUUUCCAGUAACUUUUCAAGGAUGAGUAACCUGAACAAGUUGAGCUUCGCUCCACUAGAGACAACAGGCGCAGGAUACCAUAAGUGGGUCCGUAAUGUGCGCCAGCAUCUUAAGGCUGAUGGGAUCCUGAGUAGGAUCCAAGUGCCAAGUCAGGACGUGCUUACUCCUCAACAAGCUGCUGCUUUUGAAGAAAAUAGAGCUACGAGAGAGGCGAAUGAAGCUAAAGCCAUCAUUCUCAUGACAAGGCACAUGAAUGACGCGCUCUCGAGUGAGUACCUCAAUGAGGAAGACCCAAGAAAACUAUGGGUAGAACUCGAGCAGCGUUUUGGCAACGUUCGUGACUCCCUGCUUCCAGACUUAGAAGUGAGAUGGCAUAGCCUCUGCUUUUGUGAUUUCAAGUCUGUACUUGACUACAAUUUGGAAGCACUUCGUAUCAAGUCUUUGAUGGAAUUUUGUGGACAGAAAAUCACUGAUACGAUGUUGAUCGAGAAGACUCUCUCUACCUUCCCCGUCUCUGCAUUGAUGGUAGCCAAGAACUAUCAGAUUGAUGUCAAUGCUGGACGCAUCACAAGAUUUCAUGAGCUUAUUGGUGCCAUGAACGUGGUUGAAAAGCACGACAACAUACUUGUGAAGAACUAUAACUCUAGACCCGUGGGAGCCAAGUCAAUUCCGAAGUCCAAUUAUAGUCGCGCCUCUAAAGGGGGGCGCAAGGAGCGAAACCCCAAGGAAAGGGAUAAUUCUGGACGUUCUGGUCCAUAUUCUCACCCUAAAGAGGAAGGAAACCGCCAAGAUAGGCGUGCACGGAACUGUGGAGGUAAACAUGUGAAAAGAGAGAGAGGCCAAGCCUCCGGCUAUGGUGGUGUCGCCACCAAAGAGAGAAACCAUCCCCAAAGCGCUCCAAAAGCGUCUCGAUCAAGGGAACCUGACCAUAAAGAUGCUUGUCUUAGGUGUGGACUACCCAGAAAUUGGGCAAGGGCGUGUAAAGCAUCCCAGAAUGUUACAAACACGUACAAGAUGUAUCGUGAAGCAAGGGAGGAACAUUACAUGGAACAAGAAGAUCAAGAUGGUGAUCUCGAUCUAAGGGUGGAAGAGUUCAAGGGUCAAGAUUCAGAAACUGGUGAUUUUGAUUAAGUUUUUAUUUUCCAAGAGAUGUAGGAAAUUGCCAUAUUAUUUUUGUAGUAAAUGCCAAUUGUUUAGUUUUUCUUCAAAGUAGGCUCACCCAAAGUAAGUGUGAUGUCUAGGAAGGUUUUGAGAUAAGUGGUACUUAAGCGAGCUUUGCUCCACCGACAUCUCUCUACUCACCUGGUCAUAUUUGCUUUGAGCUACCGAAAGAAGUUGGACGACUACCAUUGUUUUGCAUUAGCUAAUUUUUGGAUUAAAUUCUCUCGAGUGAAAGAGAC